UCGCUGGACCAUUAUUCGCGUGGCCUUGUAAAGAAUAGCCGGAUCGCAAGACACUUCUGUCAUUUUUAUCUUUUCUCUUUAAUUCGUUUUCGUCUGUUAUUUAGCUAAGCAAGCAUGUCUUCAUCAAAGAUGUCCAUCCCUCCUCCCAAUUUUGUCGAGCGUGAGUUUAAGGAGCCCUUGUUUUGUGGGCCAGGACCCUGUAACUUAUGGCCGUCGGUCCGAGAAGCUUUAACCAAACCUGUUUUUUCACCAUUGUGCGAACAAUUUUUUAGUGCCCUAGAUGACAUUCGCGCUGGAAUUAAAUAUGUGUUUCAAACUAAGAGUAAUCUGGUGCUGGCCAUUAGUGGAUCAGGUCACUCGGGCAUGGAGACUGUGAUCACAAACCUCGUCGGUCCCAAGGAAACCUUGCUUAUUGCCACCAGAGGCAUCUGGGAUGAACGAGCUUACAACAUUGCUAAAAGAUUAGGAAUCAAGACAAUUGUAUACCGAGUACCUUACAAUACCACUUUUACAUUGGAGGAACUCGAAAGACAAGUGGAGUUAUAUCGGCCGACCGCAAUGUUCAUCACCCAUGGCGAUUCAUCUACGGGCACCGUGCAAAACCUAGAGGGUCUCGGCGAUGUUUGUCACAAAUACGGUACACUACUUCUGGUGGACACCGUGGUAUCUCUUGGCGGCGUCCCGUUCUUCAUGGACGCUUGGGGAGUGGACGCCGUGUACACGUCCACACAGAAAGCGCUAAGCGGCCCCGCUGGUAUAUCACCAGUUGCAUUCAGCGCUAGAGCGGAGCAGAAAAUAAAGAAUAGGAAACAUGAGACGUCGUUCUAUUUCGACAUCAAUCUGUUGGCCCAGCAGUGGAAUUGCUAUGGGAAUACACGAUCUUAUCAUCACACGAUGUCACCUCCUCUUGUAUGGGCUCUACGAGAAUGUCUUCGUCAGCUUAGCAUAGAGACAUUAGAGAAGUCAUGGGAGAGACACGCGAAGACAUCCAGAUACUUCUACGAGCGCCUCCAGCGGCUCCCAAUCGAGUUCCUCGUUCCCAACCCUGAACACCGCCUAACAACUGUUGCUACUUUAGUACUACCCAACGGCUACAACUACAUCGAUGUUGUCAAAUAUCUUAGAGAAAAGCAUAACAUAAUAAUUUUCCCGGGCCUGGGACCGACGGCUGGGAAAUCCUUGCGCAUCGGCAUCAUGGGUGUGAACUCAACUGUUGCAGUAGCGGACGCCCUCGCCGACGCUCUGGCUGAUGCACUACAAACUUUGGUUAAGUCAUCCCUAUAACGUGGCAACGACAAAUUAACCCAGUUUGUGAUGAAAACUUUCAUGUAUUUGGACGCUGAAUAAACUUUUUUUACUGAAUACAUUUUGCAUCACU